UAAACUGUCUUUACUUUCAAUACCCCAUGAAAGACCCCUAAACUCCAACCUAACUCGUCCAAUCCCCAAAAAUCCCUAAAAAUGGCCCUUCCCAAACUCAUAUUCACUACUCUUUUUCUAUCCCUCAUUUGCCUCCAUACUUAUGAUGCAGUCUCAGUUCAAGAGCUCCAAGAUGCACUGAAAUCCAGUGAAGUUGAUGCCAUGGUAAAAAGGGUUUGCACCAAAAAGCUUGAAGAUUGCCUUGGAGAGGAAGAAAUGGAGUCCGAGAGCCAAAGGAGGCUGCUUUUGAUGCAGAGAAGGUACAUUAGUUAUGAGACACUGAGGAGGGACAUGGUCCCUUGUGAGAAGCCUGGUGCUUCUUAUUAUGACUGUCAUGCUGGUCAAGCUCAUCCUUAUAGUAGGGGUUGUGAGAUUAUUACAAGAUGUGCUAGAGGGAUCCAAGGUGUUGGAACUUAGAACAUUAGAAAAAAGACCCAAAUUUGAUUAUUUUUUUUGUAAAUGUGACAGCUUUCUGCAAGUGACAAAUGGGUUUCUUGAGCUGUUUAUGUUGACAUUUUUGGGUUAUUAUUGUAUAUUUUA